UAAGUCUGAACAAUUCUCUUCAAAUUACAAACGUACCCGCCUCCUGUAACAGUUUCCUCAUUGGUCUCCUCAUCGCCGUGAUCAUCGCGGGGCGCGGUGCCCUCGCUCGCCAGUCGCCUGGAGCAUCGCCGUUUCCCCCGCUCCAGAUUGACGAGGAAAGGAGGUUACAUUCCCCAUCCCCUCCCCAUCCGCGGACCUCAUCCACCCCGCGACCAUGGCAUCGACGCGCCGGGGGCCGGGGUGGAGGACGGGGCCGCGCCCGCCCCCGCGCACCCCGAGCGGCGUCUCCCCCCGACCCUCCCAGUCCCCAGAUGCCGGUCACGGCGAGCGGCUGCCCGCGGCCGGAGGAGGCGGCAACGGCGGCGGCCCGCAUCCUCCUGGAUGGGGACGAGGCCGGAGGAGCUGACGGCGAGGCUGGCGGCCUCGGGGCCCGCAGCCCCGAGCGCGGGUCGCGGCGGCGCCGGCGCCGGCGCUCCCCCCGAACCUCCCAGAUGCCGGCCACGGCGAGCGGCGGCGCGCGGCCGGAGGAGGCGACAGCGGCGGCGGCCCGUGACCUCCUGGAUGGGGACAAGGCCGGAGCAGCUGACAACGAGGCUGGCAGCCUCGGGGCCGGCAGCUCCGAGCGCGGAUGGGGACGAGGCCGGAGGAGCGGACAGCGAGGCUCGCGGCCUCGGGGCCCGCAGCCCCGAGCGCGGGCCGCGGCGGUUCCGGCGCCGCCAGCGCCACCCCCACCCGCCGCCAGGAAUUGCUCCGCCUCGAUCUGCUCCGUCGCGACGUCUUCUUGGCGCCGGCCUGGGUGGUCACCUACCUGGACAACACCGACGGCUGGAGGAAGCGGACCAGCGGCUGCUCAGCAUGCUCAACGCCGUCGCAGGAGCCUACAGCGAGAACUUGCCCGUCAUCUGCAUCACGGGCGGUCCCCAACUCAUCCUCCACCACACCAUCGGCCUCCUGGACUUCUCUCAAGAGCUCCGCGGCUUCCAGACCGUCACCUGCCACCAGGUGCGUCCUGUCUUCCUUGGCAUUUUGGCCGGGUUUAGAGUGUCUGUUUCAUCUGGUUGGUUUGCUUGCUCGUGGAUUCAGGCGGUGGUGACCAAUCUGGACAACGCGCACAUCAGCCACAUGCUUCUUAAUGCUAGGUUUCCAUCAGGUUUGGAGAGCAACACUUGGAUGAAGGAGAAGGAAAAUAACACUUUGGGGGCCAGUGAGCUGGGUGUGGAUACAGGCCCAAGAAUGAUAGGUAACUUAGGAAUCAUUACCAUUGUUCUCAUGAGCUUUGACAAGGAGAAGGAUGUUAACAGUGUGCGCGUCCCUUCUCUAGAGAUGGUUUGUAAAGACUUUCAUGCUUGUAAAUGGCCUUCAGACCUGGCAAACGAUGAUGAGUCUAUUGCUCUUUACUUCGACAAAUUGAAUGACUGUAACGAACAUGGCACCAUUUAUGCCAUUUCGAGUGAUUUUGGUGAUCGUAUGACAACGCAAUCAAUAGGACUAACAAGUUUGUUAAGUGAAUCUUUCUAGGUCCCAAAAAUAUAUUAAAAAGAGUUAGCAAAGCAAAACAUGAAGAAAGAACUCAAAGAAAUUCUGAAUUGGACGAGUUAUGUAAAAAUCAGUAGCACCGGUUCUUCCUAUGACCCUGCACCGGACCUUCCGACAAGCAUCGGUUUAACCGACGCUCAAAACUUAUUCAAAUGAGAUUGACUUUAGCAUAAUCUUGUAGAGAAUUUCACAAGCUUUCCAAAGAGUACAAGAUCAUUGAAAUCGGAGUUCCGAAUAAAAAGUUAUGGUCAAAACACGGAGAAGCUGAUUUCUGUGUGGCACCGGUUGAACCGAUGCCUAUCACCGGUUAUUCCGAUGCUCAACAUUUGUUCAAAUGAGAUGGAUUUUAUCAGAAUCUUGUGGAGAAUUUCACAAGCUUUCUAAAGAGUACAAGAUCAUCCAAAUCAUAGUUCGGAGUAAAAAGUUAUGGCCAAAAUACGAAGUACCUUGAAGCUGAUUUCUAUAAGCACCGGAAAUUCCGAUGCUACAAAAAAGGGCAUCGGUGCAAUGCCCGUACUAUUGUAUAGAGAGCAUGUUUUUAACCCCAGAAAGUUCCUUUAGCACCGGAAGUUCCGAUGCUACCAUCGGAUAUUCCGAUGGUACCAUUUUUCAGCUGCAGAACUCAUCAGAAAGGCCCACGGCUAGUUCAAGCUAUUAGUGACCGGAAGAACCGAUGCCCUAGCACCGGAAGUUCCGAUGCCUGCGUAGAAAUGUGCCCAACGGCUCUAAACAGCUAGUUCAAGUUGGAGGCCUAUAUAUAUGUGUUCCCCCGACCAUUUGAUGCUUGCUGGAGUCCCAAGACAUCACAUACACACCCAAGAACACCUCCAAGCCAUCCAAGAGCAUAAAGAUCAAAUCCUUAGU